CGUCAGUGUCUUGAAGGAGUGUUUAUCUCGCUCUUUCUUCUGUUGCAGAACAGGUCCCAACUUCUUUUUCUCAUCAAAAAGGUCCUCGACGGGAAUAAAAACAAGCACGAAGCACAAGUAGAACUCCAAGCACAUUGAAGGUGCUGUUACCGCUUAAGUUCAACAAGCUACCUACCUAGGCCUAGGGCUCUUAAAAGCUGCUGCCUUCAGAAGAUCAUCUUUCCGCGAAAGAAGUACAGCGCAAAGAUUAUCUUUGUAGUACGUGUGAAAAGGAAAACCAAGAGGAUGCUGAAGAAGGCCACUAUCGUCGCUACUGCUGUCCCCCUUGGGGGGUUUGGAGUCGUCUCCGGCGCUAUGACGAACAAGAAGGAGCCGACGCCGACGCAUUUUUGGGUCGGCCGAGAAACGGCGCCGAGCGGUUUCAUGGAGCAGCAGCGCGUUGACCAGGGAAGUGGGCGGACUCAUCGACUGUUCUGGGAGGCAGACUACGGGGAGUGUGUCGUUAACUGUGAAGCGUCAUACCCGAAAGCGAAAUACGACGGCCGAGCAGCAGCCUACUGCGACACCUGUUGCACCUCGAAAAACGAGCAAUCCACUUUUUGUGCGACCCAGCAGCCGUCCCAGCAGGUCGCGUGUGUUGACACGUGUAUGGAUGGCUUUGUAGUCAAGGAUCAACCGGACGCCACCAGUUAUUGCACAAACAUGUGCUUUUCGAAGUAGAAGGAGCGGUUUAGUCUAGUUUCAAGCGUUCUUGGCGGACCUUUUACUAUGAAGCUCAGUGGUUUCUUUCUACUUCUUUACUGUAAUCUAUCCUCAGUUGUUUUUCUAUUUUGAUUUUACAUUGCAAUAUAUGACGUUGUCAGUGCCCGAAGAAGAACGCCAUACCCUUAUUUUAGAAAGUUAAAGUACAGUCGUACCCGUAUGUGAACCGGUAUUUUUUCUGACGUCGGUCCCUCGUAUUACGUGGGGUCGAUGUCGUGCAGUUGCAGGCGGUCAACUGCUGCGAGGCCAUCUAUUGUUCAUUAUGAGUAGUAGAGUCACAUCUUCCAAAGACAAGUAGUUCCCGCGAAGUAGUAUUUGACUUACUCCCUUUUUCCCGUGCUCAAGCAGAACCAGAACUACAAGAGCAUACUCUGUUCGAAUCCAGCCCCCCGCAUCUAGUGUUUGUUACUGCUCUUGUUUCGACUUUUUGUUAGCCAUACUGCAUGCCCUGCUCCACUGUGAUACUACACCAACAAAUGCUACUGCAUAUCCUACACUCGCUCCACUACAUGCCCAACCCAGUAACGGCAGAUCCUGCUUAGUUGCAUAUGCCCUGUAGUUGCAUAUCCUGCGUAGUUGCACAGGUACAUCAGCAUCAGCUUGUACUGGACAUGACAAGAGGACGCAUUACAUGCAAAGGCUGUUGUGAUAUUUGGGUGACUACACGAAACUCGUCGGAGUUUAGAUUGUUCUUAAG